GCGGAGCCUAAUCAGUCAGCAGGGGCAGAGUAGCGAUUGCCGCUCGAGCGCGCGAUUUCUUCUCCUCUCAGCUUUAGACCCGGCAAACUAGCUUUUGGGAUUGAAGAGGGUACGCGAUUACCCCACAAUGUCUGGUGAGUCAGGCCAACCUCAGGCCGGCCCCUCACAUGCUGGGCCAUACCCGCGGAACCCUGAGAGAAUUCGGGCUAGGGUCCCGGGAGAGGUGAUACGAAGGGCCGGUGCCCAAGGGCCCAGGUCUUGGAUCCAAAGGAUUCUUGAGCAAAUAACCGACUCACCUCGCCAGUGGGUCACCCCCUCGGAGGUAGUGCCUGUCGCUGUGCUGGCCGUCCAAAGGUACCUGUUAGAGGAUGAGCCACGCGACACGAUACCCAAACCUCCCCUUUACUGCUAUGAUGUGACGAUCUCGGACGGGGUGUACCAGGAAAAGUGCUACCUGGACCCCAGCCUGAAUUCUCUCGUAUAUAAAAAUAUUCUUAAAGUUGGCAUAGAAAUGAGAAUUUCCAGAGUCUCGUGUCUUUACAACGAGAGAAGGUUAGGUCAGGGGAUCCUGUGCAUAGAUAGCGUCCGCUGUGGGGAGACCUUGGAAGCUAUUUCUUUAGAAACUCCCUUCAGAAAUAGAGCGCACGAGGAGAUACCCGAGAGGCCUUUAAGGGGCGCGAAGAGUCAUUACCUGGCCCUGUGGAAUAACGAAGAUCCGUAUGGAGAUAUCUGGUUAACCGACAAGCAGCCUGAGGAAUACAAUUUUAACGAUACCAGAAUAAUCUCCCUUUCUCACCUUGAAAUGACCUGGGCUAGGAGAAGAAGUUUUCCUGCUUUGCUUGUGAGAAUCUUGCAUAAAUCGAAACUGCGAUACUAUGGAAAACCUGAUAAAAAUAUGAUUGAGCCAUACCAGACCUUUUUGGAAGUUGCUGACAGUUCAGGCACUGUGUCAGUGAUUAUGUGGAAUGCCCUGUGUCCCGAGUGGUAUAAAAGUUUGCGAAUUGGUUUAGUUCUUCUGCUUCAAGAUUAUUCUGUUAAAAAGAGUUAUCCAUUCAGGAUGCAGCCUCUCCCUGUGGAUCCACAGAUCAAAUUAAUUUCUACAAUGGAAAUCUGCCUGAACCUUCGAGACCCUCCAAAUAAUAUAAUUAUCAUUCCAGAAAAGCAGGUGAAACCAGAAUGGAGAUUGCCAAAAUUAAGUCCCCGCUUUAUCACAAGAUCAGAACUGAAUGAUAUGCCAGCAAAUCGUAUCUGUGAUGUUAUUGGCGUUUUAGUUUUUGUAGGAAGGGUCCAGCGGUCAAAAAAGAAAGAAAGCCGUGAAGAUUUUUGGUCCUAUCGCUGGAUUCACAUUGCUGACGGGACUUCAGAACAACCUUUUAUAGUGGAACUGUUUUCUACGUCUCAGCCAGAAAUCUUUGAAAAUAUUUACCCAACGACAUGUUUUAUGUGUACACAGUUGAAAGUUGUCAGAAAGGACACUCAGGUACCUAAACUGCUUUACCUCACCACUACAAAUGAGAGUCGAGUGUUUAUUGCUGGUCAUAGAGGCCAGCCGUAUGCCAGCAAUACCAAGGUAAAAAACUUUAUUCAGUGGAUUAAAACAAUGACUGAUUCUGGAGAACUGAAGAAUACUGUUAUUGGUGGCUAUUACCCCUAUCCACCAGUGCCAGAGACGUUUUUGAAGUACAGUAAUUCUGUUAAAGUUGAGUCGCUCCUGACAGCCAUAAGUGAAGUGAGGAAGGAGGUUGAAGACUUGCAGUAUAGGGAACAGAAGCGCAUUGCAAUUCAGGGGAUAAUUACUGCUAUAAAGUAUAUCCCCCAUAGCGUUCCAACUGAAAGAGCCUCAGCAUCAGAAACACUUCGGAAUGCUAACCGACCCUCAACAUCCCAGGCAGCUAGACCAGAAAGUCAGAGUCAGGAAAGAGAUGGUAAACAGCGUCAAGACGAUGGUCCUGUGAGUUCUCAGGGUUUUCAAGCUACAAAUACAAGUUCGAGUCCUGCCAAGAAAAAAAGAAUUCUGCAAGGGCCAUAUGCCAAACCAGUUCCUGUACCUCAGCCAGAAACUUCUGCACAAACACAAAAUAACCAAGGCAUGCCAAGCACUGUCCAACGUCGAGAAAGCAUAAGCACUCGUGCCAUUGGGAAAGCCAGAAAAACCAUAAGUGAUAAGUGGGAAAGUCAACUGUGGAGAGAGAAAAAGUUUGACUUAACACAUUUUCUGCAUUAUAGCCGUGUUUAUCCUGAAAGUUUUCCACGGAAAUUUAGUUUUGAACAUAAAAAGUUUCUUACUGAGCAGUAUAAUUCUCAGCCUGCAAAAUACGUACCACCAGAAAGAAGGCCCCCAAAACUUGAUGAUUUUAAGAGCGCCCGAAGCCUUGGACAUUUUGAAGUAACCAUCCUAGGUCUGAACCAUGAGAUAGCAAUCAAUGUUGCAUUCCUACCCAUGUAUUGUCCGGAAGAUAUCCGAACAGCUCAAAUAGACACAUUAUUAACCCAAAUGAAUUACAGCUGUGUGUAUCCACAGGAAAUAACUGGCAAUGACAGAUUGCCACGUCCAAGAGCACUUGCAGGUGAUAUUAUAAAAGCAGUAACUGAACUGGAUAGAGUGCAUAUCAUCGGUAUCUUGGAUAUCUGUAAUUUGGGUAACAAUAAAGUAGAAGUCUAUUUGCAGAAAAUUUAUAAACCAGAGAAUACUUCUUAAAAAUUAGCAAAUGAAAUUACUACAGAUUAUAGAGAGGGCACUGCUUUAAAGAUAUCCUGUCAUUUUGUUGUUAAUUUCAGUAACUGUUUUUCAGCAAGAAUAUUACAUAAGCUCUAGUUAUUAAAUGGUUUUAUGUUUGUCUUAUAUUUAGAACUAACAUACUUCAUUUUAAAUUCAUUAUUGAAAAGGUCAUCACAACAGUUUUUGUGUGUCAAGAAAAUUUACCUUAUUUCUA